AUGAGGCUGCCCAACUUCCUCUUCAUAGCCCUUUUCCCCAAAACCGGAGCUGCAGCCUCGAGUCGGGGGUUGAGGUCCUCUGCCGCAUCUUCUUCUUAUUCUUCUCAUUAUUCCGAUCGAAAUUACAAUUCCAAUUGCUCGUUGUCCUCCUCCUCCACGUCAUCAUCGUCUUCCUCCUCCGGGCGCUCCCCUGACGCGCACAGGAGGAAUGCGUGGCGGAGCCGGUGCUUCUCCUGCUCCGGGCUGCAUGGCCGCCGCCACGACGACGACGUAUUGGAUGAAGAAGGUAAAGGAGGAAGCGCUAUAAAGAAGCAAUGUUCGGUGUCUCUGGGAAGAUGGUGUUCCUUUGGGAGGGUGAGGUUGUAUUAA